AUGUUUUUCCGGAUCAUACUGUUAGUGUUCUUAACGGUAGUCACCACUCCAGUUCUCUACUUCUCCCUUAAGUCUCCUCCCCCAUUACCCGAUAUUGAUUUGGAAGAGUGGUGGGCUUCCAAGCUGUCCAAGGCAAAACAAAAUGACAGCAUCGUGCCUUUUAAAGUAGAGUUUAGUGAGUCGCAUAUAAAGGAUAUUCGUGAACGUCUUCGCGAUCGACAUCCGCUAACUCCUCCGCUAGAGGGCGUGGCGUUCGAGUAUGGCUUCAACAGCAAGCAGCUGGAGUCUUGGCUCAAGUAUUGGGCUGAUGAAUACCCCUUCAGUCAACGAGUUGAAUACAUAAACAAAUACCCACAAUUCAAGACGAAUAUUCAAGGUCUGAAUAUACAUUUCGUAAGAGUAAAACCAGAGGUACCAGCGGGCGUUGAAGUUGUUCCUGUGCUGAUGCUGCACGGAUGGCCUGGUUCUUUUCUAGAGUUUUAUGAAGCCAUCCCCAGUCUGACAAGUGUUAGCAAAGAUCGAGACUUCGCCCUGGAGCUUAUUAUACCCAGUUUACCUGGUUAUGGCUUCUCUAGUGCUGCUAUUCGACCUGGUCUUGGAGCUGACAAAAUGGCAGUCGUGUUGAGAAAUCUGAUGGCAAGGCUUGGCUUUAAGAAGUAUUACGUGCAAGGUGGCGAUUGGGGUGCGAUGAUUGGACAAGUGAUGGCUACAUACUUCCCACAGGAAGUUCUCGGUUACCACACGAACCUGCCAUUCCUAGCCACUACACCUACAACUCUGAUUCGCCUGCUGGGCUCCCUUUUUCCCUCUUUCGUGGUGAGACCCGAAGCAGCUGAUAGAAUGUACCCACUUUCCUCUUUCUUCGCAAGGCUUUUAGAGGAGACUGGUUACUUACACCUUCAGGCUUCCAAACCAGAUACAGUUGGUGUAGCUUUGGCUGAUACUCCUGCGGGCCUAGCAGCUUAUAUUCUGGAGAAAUUCUCCACUUGGACAAACACCAAUUACCGUACUAAGUCAGACGGUGGUCUCACCUCAAAAUUCAGCAAGGAAAAGCUAAUUGACAACUUGAUGGUCUACUGGGUGUCAAAUUCCAUAACCACUUCGAUGAGGCUUUACGCAGAGACAUUUAACAAGAGAUUUAUGAGCCUCGAAUUAGAUGAAAUAGUAACACCAGUGCCUACAUGGUUAAUCCAGGCUAAGUACGAGUUGGCGUACGUGCCUCCGUGGCUUUUCAAGUUCAAAUACCCCAAUCUCCUAAAUGAGACCUUGCUGGAUGACGGAGGACACUUCUUGGCCAUGGAGAUGCCCGAGAUUUUCUCUAAAGACGUCCUGAAGGCGAUGGAUGCUUUCAGAAAAUGGCACAAACAACAGCAUAAAACAGAAUUGUAA